CCCUGCCCAUUUCCCCACAAAUCCUCCUCUUCACACUUUCUCUCUUUCUCUCUCUCAAGGAAAAUGUCUCUUCUUGGGUUUCUGCUUGUGGGGUUUUUCUCUCUGCUCUCAUCUGUUCAAGGGGAUGCAGGUGGUUGGACUGAUGCUCAUGCCACUUUCUAUGGAGGGGGUGAUGCCUCUGGAACAAUGGGUGGGGCUUGUGGUUAUGGAAACUUAUACAGCCAGGGAUAUGGGACCAACACUGCAGCUUUGAGCACAGCCUUAUUCAACAGUGGGUUGAGCUGUGGUGCUUGUUUCGAGAUUAGGUGUGCGAAUGACCCAAGGUGGUGUCGUUCUGGCUCUAUUACGGUCACAGCCACCAACUUCUGCCCUCCAAACAAUGCCCUCCCAAACAAUGCAGGAGGGUGGUGCAACCCUCCCCUACAACAUUUUGACCUCUCUCAGCCUGUCUUCGAAAGGAUUGCAGAGUACAGAGCUGGGAUUGUUCCAGUCUCCUACAGAAGGGUACCCUGCAUCAAGAAAGGAGGCAUCAGGUUCACCAUGAAUGGCCAUUCUUACUUCAACUUAGUACUGAUAUCCAACGUUGGAGGUGCUGGUGAUGUCCACAGUGUUUCCAUCAAAGGGUCAAAAACAGGUUGGCAACCCAUGUCUAGGAACUGGGGUCAGAACUGGCAAAGCAACUCCUACCUCAACGGACAGAGCCUCUCCUUCAAGGUGACCUUAAGCGAUGGGCGAACCGCGGUCUCAAACAAUGUUGUACCUGCUGGCUGGUCCUUUGGCCAGACCUUUAGUGGGUCACAGUUCACCUAGAGCCCCUAACUUGCUUAAUGGUGUAUCCUAAAUGUAGAAGAAGAGUACAAGACAAAGAUACAAAGGGGUCAGCAGUCAAGUUUGGUUCGGGUCAAUUGCAGUAGUUAAAAGGGGCUUAAUUUAGAAAAUGGCUCUGUUAGUUCAGUGUAGAUUCUGGUCUCCCUUGUUUUAAAAGGGAGAGUCCGGACAUGGGCAGUGGUGGGGCAGUUACCACCCGCCACUAUAGUUCUUAGUAAGUUUAUAUAAUGAGAUAUCGCAUAUAUUUCCCCUUUGUUCUUUCUAGUUUCCUAAUAGAAAAGUUUUGUAUUUUCCUUCACACGAAGCCUUGCUUUAAUCAAUAAUAAGUCUGCUGAAUGAUGGAUGAGUUUGUCCUUUCAGUUC